UGAGGCUCAGUGACGGAGAACCAGCUGCACCAGAAUCGUCGAUCGUAUCGAUAGUGCAUCAGCUGUAUGAGGGCCGUCGAUAGUGAACAUUGAUAUCUGAGAGUCGAGCGGCAACGUAAACGUUCCCUUGGAGAUACAUACACGUGCGUCCGCUGGUUGUCUACCGCGGCGAAAAUCAGCAGAUAAAACUUCCGAGAGGCUUCUUCGCGAGCGACAAGAUGUCCGUGCCCAGUUUCCGAACUGAAUGUUGGAACGUUUGCGCCUCCGAUAUCGCACGGAAAACGCACAAUCCUAUAAGGUCGAUUGUGGAGAAUAUCGUUGUCGAACCGAAUCCUAGCAAGCCGAUGAUUGCGCUGUCCAUUGGCGACCCCACAACUUUUGGCAAUUUAAAGCCACCGAAGGAGGUGAUCGAGGCCGUUCAAGAAAGCGUCGCAUCGCAAUUAUACAAUGGAUAUGCGCCGAGCACCGGUUAUCAGAAGGCGAGAGAAGCCGUAGCUGAGUACAGCUCGAAUGAACUCGUGAAAGUCGAUCCCAAGGACGUAAUCCUGUGUAGUGGAUGUUCUUGCGCACUCGACUUGUGCAUUACGGCUUUAGCUCGAGAAGGCCAAAACAUCCUAAUUCCACGUCCCGGUUUUUCCAUCUAUCGAACGCUGGCGGAGGGCCUUGGUAUUACGGUUAAAACGUACAAUUUACGUCCGGAGCUCGGCUGGGAGAUCGAUCUGGACGACCUGAAGGAGCAAAUCGACGAGUCGACGGCGGCGAUUGUUAUAAACAAUCCGUCGAAUCCGUGCGGCUCCGUGUUCAGCCGCGACCAUAUACUUGACAUUCUCGAUAUCGCCGCUCGUUACUACGUACCCAUUAUAGCCGAUGAGAUUUACGAGCACAUGGUAUUUCCAGGACGGACUUUCCACUCGUUAGCGUCUCUAUCGACCGAAGUUCCUAUUUUAUCGUGCAGCGGACUAACUAAAAGAUUUUUAGUUCCAGGCUGGCGUAUGGGCUGGAUAAUAAUCCACGAUCGUCAGAACGUGCUGGAAGCCGAGAUUCGCAAAGGUUUACAUUGCUUGAGCCAGCGAAUAAUUGGCAGCAAUACUAUCGUUCAAGGUGCCUUGCCUACGAUACUUCGAAAAACGCCGCAGAAGUUUUUCGACGAUGUUAUCUCUACUCUACACUCGCAUUCCAAAUUGGCGUACAACUGCAUAUUAAAAAUCCCAGGAUUGAAACCGAUAAUGCCGGAUGGGGCGAUGUACAUGAUGGUCUACAUCGAUCUAUCGUGCUUUCCGGAAUUUAAUUCCGAUCUGGAAUUCGUGCAGCGGCUGUUAAUGGAAGAAUCUGUGUUUUGCCUGCCUGGCCAGUGCUUUGAUUAUCGCUCUUACAUGAGGUUGGUAAUCACUGUGCCGAGUGACAUGCUCGAGGAAGCGUGUCAAAGGAUUCAAGAAUUCUGCGAGAGACAUCAUUAUAAAACGGCGGAGAGCAGAAACGGCUUCGUCAACGAGAUUCCAUAUUAAGAAACGAUCAAACGUAUAUAUAGAAAUUAGAACAUUGAUUGGCAUUAACCCGCUGAUUAUUUUCCUCUACUUUCGGAUCUCUGGAUUCUUUCAAAUUCAAAAAGAAUUCUUCAGCCUUGGUUUUUGUUUCUGUGUAUAUGUAUAUCUUUUCGUUUAUAUCUUUAAGUGUAUAGUUAUGUAUAUCUAUCUACUGUACUUGCUUGUAAAUGCCUGUAUAAUUAUGUAUA